AUGACGACUGUGCGAGUUCUGACGCUCGUUGCCGAUGAAUGUUGUAAAAUUACAGUAAUAACCUUAACAAGCACCGAGUUAUCGGCAGAGAGAGAAGCUGAUAGACAGAAAGAGAGCUACCUCAAACUGCCGUUCAAGUGCGAGCACUGCAUAGUGGGGUUUGACCACGAAUUGACUGUGAAGGAUCAUAUGGAAAAAAGGCAUACUAAAAAAAAAGGCAGCUUCUCUUGCAGCGUAUGCCAGUCGGUGCUUAAUACAGACUCUUCGUUUAGGGAACAUUGCAAGCGACAUUAUCGAAGGUACGAAUGCUCGGCGUGUGGAAAACGCAACAACACAGUUCAUGCCGUAAUUAAACAUUACAAUGACCAACAUGGCGGCGAUAUUCAAGUGCAGUUCACUUGUCAAGAUUGUGGAUUUGUCGCCAAGUCCGACCGCGCGUACCGCUAUCAUCGUGAAAAGCACAGACAUCAGCAAAAAUUACAAUGCUCUGAAUGCGGUAACACUUAUGUCAAUAAGACCGCACUUAGGGUUCACAUGCUCACGGUGCACCAGCAGUCGGGCCGCACGUACGCCUGCGCGCUGUGCGGCAAGACGUACUCGGCCAAGUCGGGGCUGCUGGCGCACACGGUGUCGGCGCACGAGCCGCCGUCGGGCGCCUACUGCGCGCAGUGCCACACGCACUUCCGCACCAUGACCAACCUGCGCACGCACCUCAAGACGCACUCCAACCACAUCCAGGACCACGACAAGCGGUUCCAAUGCAACACCUGUCAAGCUAGAUUCGUUCGCAAAACAAGUCUAAGGGAGCACAUCGAUUUCAUACACCUCAACAAGUCGGAGCAUGAAUGUUCUGAAUGCAGGAAGGUAUUCAAAAACGGAGCGUCUUUACGGAAACAUUGCACUUAUGUUCACGAGAAGAAACGCCCGCCAAGAAACAAAAUUUGCGACCAUUGUGGACGAGGCUUUACGACUCUGGCCAUCCUACGUUCGCACGUCCGCACGCAUACUGGAGAACGUCCCUUAAAGUGCGCACACUGCCCAGCUACGUUCGCUCACUCCGCAGCCUUAUAUACACAUAAUAAGCUGCUACACAACGGUGGGAAGGCAAGUGAUCCGUAGACUCUGCUUACCCGACUGAGAAAGGUUAAACAAGUUCACCUAUCAUUGUAUAUUUCAUUACAUCAGGAUAUUAUAGGUUAUGAUUCUAGCCGUAAUAGUGUCAUUACAAAAAACUGUUAAGAAUGAGAAUUUAAAAAAUCAGGUGUUGAUAAAUGUGGGUGGUUAGUUAGUUAGUUACGUAAUAAAUUAAUGAAUAUAAAAUAACGAAAUGGCGAAUAUCAUUACUGAUUUUCGCAAUUACGUUUAGUAAAUGUUUUUUCGCAAUUUCCCCAUUGCUAGUUUUUCCCGAUUUCCCCAUUGGUUUUCGUAAUUUCCCUACUUUAAGGAAAUCACUAAAACCAAUGGGGAAAUCGGGGAAAUGUUUGAACGCAUUUACCACAUAUUAAAAGAUUUAUGCAAUUUUCCCAUAUAAAAAAAUAUUUAGCGCAACUUCCCAACAGAUUUUCCCAAUUUAUCCAAAAUAAUAUAUGUUUAAUCGCAAUUUGCCCAUGGCAAAAAAUAUUUUGUGCAUUUUUAUUUCCCAUAGUUAGUAUUUUCAGAAUUUCUCCAAUGAAAAUAUGUUCAUUGUAAUCAACAGAUUUUCCCAAUUUAUCCAAAAUAAUAUAUGUUUAAUCGCAAUUUGCCCAUGGCAAAAAAUAUUUUGUGCAUUUCUAUUUCCCAUAGUUAGUAUUUUUAGAAUUUCUCCAAUGAAAAUAUGUUCAUUGUAAUUUCCCCAUGGCAAAAA